CAACAAUUUUGUUUAAAAACGAGAAAAUAAUAAAUCUGUACUUAGUAUUCAGUUUAGAAGUUCUAACUAUUCUAGUUUUCACUUAUCAAUUAAACUUAAUGAGAUAUUAAUUUAACGGUUAAAAUGCAAAAAGUGGUUUUGAUAUGUGUUUUUGCAAUUAUCUGCCAAACAGUAUUUACUGUUGGGUACGAGAGUAUAUGGAUUUCACGCCAAAAACGAAUGACAAAUGAUGAUGAAUGCCGAACUCUCAUUCCAAACCCGGAAAAGAAAUUACCUAGAUGUUGUCAAAUGCCAAAUAUAUUACCUGGCUUGGACAAUGCUUGGGAAGUAUGUUUUGAAAAGUUUAAACAAUUUAAGGAUAAACCUGAAACAAAAGAAUACAAGGAAAUGGCACAUGGAAAAGAGCCACCGUGUCUUUUUCAAUGUAUUUUCAUGCAAUCUGGAUUAGCUACUAGUGAUGGACAACUCAAUGAAAAUGCUAUUAUAAAAAAAAUGGCUGAAGGAAUGAACAAUGAUGAAAAAUGGAAGUCUAUAUGGCAGAAUACUCUCAAUAAAUGUUUUAAUGACGUCAAACAAGAAGAUAAAAAACAAAUUAUAAUGAUGAACACUCCAGCAGGAAGAUUGAUGAAGUGUUUCUUGAGAGAUAUUUUCAUGAACUGCCCCAAAAAUAUAUGGAUUGAAAGUUCAGAAUGUUCAAAUAUGAAGGAUUUGGUGCAAAAAUGUCCAGAAAUGCCCCCACCAGUUUUCCAUUCACCACCUAAAUUAAUUUAAUUUGGAAAAUUACUCAUUUAUAGUAAUUUUUAUAAAUUAUAAAAAAAUACUUACUAAAUAUUA